CUUAAGUAAGCUUGGGUGACGUUUGAGACACCAGUCAUCCUGUAAACACCAUCGAGUGACGACCUACUCUGCUGCUUGUCCUGCCCCGCUUCUUAAGCUUUUGCGCUCCACAAUGGCUUCUCAAGGAAUCACCUUCGCCGCCCUCCUCGCACUGGCCGCCCUCACGCACGCAGCCGACACCACCCACAAAGACGACGCACGACUUUUCUACGACGACAAAGACACCUCCGUCACCAUCGGCGUCGAGAGCCUCAUCUACAUCGGGGUCAUCUUCGUCGGCAUACUCUUGUUCUCGUCUGUCCUGGGGCUCUUCGGGACAUCGGCCAAGGCUGCUCAGCCCUACGACUACGUCUCCGCCACUGCUUACGGUGCCGCCCCAGCCUACGACGAGAAGAGCACCUUCAAAGUGCACCAGGUGAUUGAGGAUGCUAUUAACAAGUUCCA